CCGCGGCCUCCCCGGGCCUCCCGGAGGCCGGCCCGGCACCCGCCGGCGGUGCGCGGCCUCGGGAGGGGGCCGGGCGGGCUGGGCACGGCGGGCUUCGGGGGCUGGUUUUUUAUUGAUCGUUAGCGUUAUCUGUUCUCCCCAGCGGUCGGCGCUUCUGCCUUGGGAUUCGCGGUGCCACCGGCGCACGUCUGCGGUGGCGCGGAUGCCCGGGCUGGCGGCUGCUGCCUGAAGGCAGGCGCGGGCAGGGCGGCAGACAUGUACCUUCUGGACAGCAGCGAGCCGCCGGCCGCCGCCUCCCCCGAGAGGAUGCAGCGCGGGACCCCCCAGAGGAAAACCGUCUACCGCAUCUCCGUGACCAUGGUGAAGAAGGAGCUGCUGGGGCCGGAGAGCGGCGGGCAGCCCGGCCCCGAGCCGCCCCAGCACGGGCGGUGGGGCUGCGGCCAAGCACCCGGCUCCUCCAGCCUCACCAGGGCCGGGCUGCUGCUGGUGGAGGAGGAGGAGGGCGAGGAGGAGGGCGAGGAGCAGGACCGAGUGCCCAGCCCCUGCGGCUUCCGCAACUUCAGGACCCUCAGCACCGGGCAGCUGGAGCUGGGCCGUCUCAAGGUGCCACGGAGGGCAGGGCAGCCGUUCCCUGCCGAGCUGACCUUCAGGUGGCCACGGCAGCAAGCCUCCACAGGACCGAGGAGCAGCCCUUCCCUGGAGGAUGCCACCCUCACCCCGGAGCUGGUGGCCACCUGUAGCCGCAAGGAAGCUGGAGCUGCAACGGAGCCGGUGGCUGCUUCUCCCGUGGAGGAUGCUGGGCUCCAGGCCCACCGCUCGCCCGCAGGCCGCUGGGGUGAGGCCGUGCAGCUGGGGGAGCCGGGCCACAGCCCCGGGCGGCAGCCGGGCCUGCUGCGGCGCAGCUUCAGCUUCAGGCACUGGAGCGGUGCGGAGCUGCUGCGGGCACGGGCGCUGAGCCGGGUGCGGCGGCACAGCAGCUCGGGAUGCCUCCCCGCACCACUGGAGCCACAGCCCAACGAGGCGGCUGGAGCACCGGGCUCGCCACCCGCCGAGCCGCCCGCCACCGAGAAGCGCAAUACCCUGGACGUGGGUGAGGUGCUGAGCAAGGCCGACCCACUAUCCGAGCUGGAGCGCUGGGAGCGGAGCAAGAGCAAGAACCGCACGCUGGAUAACAGCGACCUGCAGCGGCUCUCAGAGCGCCUGGGGCGGGACGGCCCCACCAGCAGCCCUGCAGCCCACGAGCACCGGCUGCUGCGCUUCUUCAGCGGCAUCUUUGCCCGCAAAGACGGCACCUCCACCCUCUUCGGCAGUCCCCACGGCCGGUCCCCACGCAGCAGCUUCUCCAGGUCCAGGGCUUAUUUUAGCAGCCUCAGGAGAGCCACCGCCGACAUAGAGUCCAGCUCCGAGAGCAUCGAUGGGUCCCCCCACAAAGAUGCCUUUGUAAAUAGCCAGGAAUGGACACUAAGCCGAUCUGUACCAGAGCUGAAAGUGGGGAUUGUGGGUAACCUAGCUAGUGGCAAGUCUGCACUUGUACACCGGUAUCUGACUGGCACGUAUGUCCAGGAAGAAUCACCUGAAGAUAUGGAUGCAGGUGGGAGAUUCAAGAAAGAGAUAGUAGUUGAUGGACAAAGCUAUCUGCUGCUGAUUAGAGAUGAAGGGGGCCCUCCAGAGGCACAGUUUGCCAUGUGGGUGGAUGCUGUUAUAUUUGUCUUCAGUUUGGAAGAUGAAGUCAGCUUCCAGACCGUUUACCACUACUACAGCCGUAUGGCUAACUAUCGUAACACUAGUGAAAUUCCAAUGGUACUAGUGGGAACUCAGGAUGCUAUAAGUUCCAGUAACCCACGUGUCAUAGAUGAUGCCAGAGCAAGGAAGUUAUCAAAUGAUCUCAAGAGAUGCACUUACUAUGAAACCUGUGCUACGUACGGGCUCAACGUGGAGAGAGUCUUUCAAGAUGUUGCUCAGAAGAUUGUCGCAACAAGGAAGAAACAGCAACUCUCGAUUGGACCCUGCAAAUCCCUACCGAACUCUCCAAGUCACUCAUCUGUGUGUUCUGCCCAGGUUUCUGCUGUACAUAUCAGCCAGACCAGUAAUGGAGGAGGGAGUUUAAGUGAUUACUCCUCCUCUGUCCCAUCAACUCCAAGUACCAGCCAGAAGGAGCUACGGAUUGAUGUUCCUCCCACUGCCAACACACCAACUCCUGUCCGUAAACAGUCCAAGCGCCGAUCCAACCUCUUCACGUCUCGGAAAGGGAGUGACCCAGACAAAGAGAAGAAGGUCCUGGAGAGCAGAACAGAUAGCAUUGGAAGCGGUCGUGCAAUCCCAAUUAAACAGGGUAUGCUGCUAAAGCGAAGUGGCAAGUCAUUGAAUAAAGAAUGGAAGAAGAAAUACGUGACAUUGUGUGACAAUGGUGUACUGACCUAUCAUCCUAGUUUACAUGACUAUAUGCAGAAUGUUCAUGGGAAAGAAAUCGAUUUGCUGAGAACCACUGUGAAAGUUCCUGGAAAGAGGCCACCCCGAGCUACAUCAGCUUGUGCACCCAUUUCCAGUCCCAAAACAAAUGGCCUCUCCAAGGACAUGAGCAGUUUACACAUCUCGCCAAAUUCAGGGAACGUGACUACUAGCACAUCUGUGUCUCAGAUGGCCAGUGGGAUCAGUCUAGUCUCCUUCAACAGUCGUCCGGAUGGUAUGCAUCAGCGCUCUUACUCGGUCUCCAGUGCAGAUCAGUGGAGUGAGGCAACAGUCAUUGCAAACUCUGGCAUUAGCAGUGAUACCGGGUUAGGAGAUUCUGUGUGUUCAAGCCCAAGUAUAUCUAGUACAACCAGCCCCAAACUCGAUCCGCCUCCUUCACCUCAUGCCAACAGAAAGAAGCAUCGCAGGAAGAAAAGCACCAGCAAUUUCAAAGCUGAUGGUAUCUCAGGCACAGCUGAAGCCAAACGCAAAGCUUGGAAACUAAACCGUGUUGGUAGCCUGCGAAAUAUAUACAGCAGCAGCAGCACCAACACUGAAGAACAAGAAGAAAACUUUGAGUUUAUCAUUGUCUCUCUCACUGGCCAGACUUGGCACUUUGAAGCUACCACAUACGAAGAAAGAGAUGCAUGGGUACAAGCCAUAGAGAGUCAGAUCUUGGCCAGUUUACAGUCGUGCGAGAGCAGCAAGAACAAGUCCCGUAUGACGAGUCAGAAUGAGGCCAUGGCCCUUCAGUCAAUAAGGAACAUCAGAGGCAAUUCCUACUGCGUGGACUGUGAAGCACAGAACCCUGACUGGGCCAGUUUGAAUCUGGGAGCCCUCAUAUGCAUUGAAUGCUCAGGUAUACACCGAAACCUUGGCACACACCUCUCCCGGGUCCGCUCGCUUGACCUGGAUGACUGGCCUAUAGAGCUCAUCAAGGUGAUGUCUUCUAUUGGGAAUGAGUUGGCAAACAGCGUCUGGGAGGAGAACAGCCAAGGCCAUAUGAAACCUUCAUCAGACUCCACAAGGGAAGAAAAGGAGCGCUGGAUACGUGCAAAAUAUGAGCAGAAGCUCUUCCUCGCCCCGCUGCAAUGCCUGGAGCUUUCUCUGGGCCAGCAUCUCCUGAGGGCUACAGCCGAGGAAGAUUUGCGGACGGUCAUCCUGCUCCUUGCCCACGGGACACGGGAGGAGGUGAACGAGACCUGCGGGGACGGGGAUGGGCGCACUGCCCUGCACUUGGCGUGCAGGAAAGGAAACGUGGUGUUGGUGCAGCUCUUGAUUUGGUAUGGCGUUGACGUGAUGGCACGCGAUGCCCACGGGAACACGGCGUUGGCCUAUGCCAGGCAAGCCUCCAGCCAGGAGUGCAUUGAUGUUCUCCUCCAGUACGGCUGCCCCGAUGAGCGCUUCGUCCUCAUGGCGACUCCAAAUUUGUCCAGGAAGAACAAUAACCGAAACAACAGCAGCGGAAGAAUGCCCACCAUCAUCUGAGGAGCUUGUUCGUGUAUUUGCUGACCUGAAUUACAUCCGCAGCCUCAUAUUCCUCCAUUCCCAUCACAGCUCUGCUCUGUGAGUCUGAUAACUUCCCUUUUUUCCCUUUUCCCUUCGGUGCAUCCCUGUCCCAUCCAGAAACGGCACAUCUGGAUAGCGUGAGGGGGUGAGAAGGAGCGAAAGGGGCUGCAGAGAAAGCAGUUGUUUCAGUGACAGCUCUCCGACGAUGACAAGCGGGCAGCAGAAGCGCAUGAGGGCGCGUGGGUUCUCUAGGACACAGCACGUGGCACAGGACCGUGGGGACGGUUGUCCCUGGGCACAGGCUCUACAAGUGCGGAAGGAAGGGGUGGAGGGAGACGAGAGCGGGAGCGAGAGGAGAAGAAAGGAGCAAUGGUAACUUCCCGUAACUGACAGUUAAGCACAUCAGUACAUUUCACCUCUACCAAACGGAACGGCUGGAUUUCAUUCUCUUCUCUGAAGAGCUUGACGGCAUAAAUCAGAAGCAAGCACAGAGUUUGUCAGGUUUGAAGCUCCUAUGAUGGUAUGUGUCAAAUCAGUUGUAGCUAAUCUGUCCAGGGAGAAUACUGGCUUCAUUACACUUGUAUAGUUGAGUUCUUCCAGCAUUACCGCUGUUUAAUAGAACAUGAUUAGUCAUCACGGAGAAAAAAGCAUAUUAGCUGAGGAGGUAGUUACAUGGCACGCUUCGGUGAUUGCUUGGAUGUGAUUGCAAUAUUCUUAGAAGCAUCAUAUUAUCUCAGACAUGUUCUUUCAAGCCCUUGGAGCCCUCCUUUCUAAAUUCACUGUCAUAAUUUAGUAUCUGUUUAAUUUUUCAGUCCAAAGAGAGGAAAUGAGUUGCUGAGUGUUAUUUGACUGCAGUCUCCUUGGUGUAAAAACAAAAUGGAAAAAAUAAAUAAGAGUAACUAUGAAAUACAAAAAGGAAUAAUGAAUACUGCUAAGGAAAAACAUUUCAAGUACAUUUAGUAAAAUUAAUAAAUGCAUUAAAGGCUAAUAUUUUUUCAGCCAGCAGAAAUAUGUUCUGUCAUUUUGCCAAGGUAAACGUGUUGAGUUUUUGGUCACUCCUGUGAUGCAUUGCCUAACUUAUACAGAUUUUGUAUUGUGUCUUUAGAUUAUAUGUAUGUAAAAUCUAUUUGAAUAAAAAAAUCAUAAAUAUGCAUUGAUUUUUUUGUACAGAAAAUGACAUCUCUGUUAAUUUAUAAACUUUAAUGGAUGUGAACUAAAUCAUGUGCAACUAGUUAGGAUCUGUGGAGUACAGAUCAUUGUACAUUGAAAAUCUUCCCAGCAGUGAACCCUAUUUCCAUUGCAAGCCUUUGAGGAACAUAUCAGAAUGAGAUUGUGGCACGCUUGGCAUGAAAAAAAAAAUGUAUGAGACCUUUUAGAAAGGAAAAGAGGCUGUUUCUCAGCACUGUAAAUAUAUUUUACUUCAGAAGGCAUGAAGCUUUCACAAGCCAAGACAAAAAGCCAUAGUCUGGAUGUGUGAAGAUCAGAUUUGAUUAAUUUCAGAAUUGAUAGCCUUCACCAAGGCGGGCAGGGCAUGGCUGCGCUAACUCUGAACUUGGCUGCUCUCUGGAAGAAAAAUGGCUUGUGAAAGUAGCCUGGACAGUUCAUUUGAAUUCCACCUUUUAAUAUGUAAUUUGAUUUUUUUUUUUAUGCUUUUUUUUUAUUAUUAUUUUGCUUAUUGCCAGACAGAUCCUAGCUUCUGCCAUUUUCCACAAACUAGGAUUCUGGCACAGGGAAGCAGGCUGUAAGGUUUUUGGCAGACAGAAAAGUGAUUUUUAAGUGGCAUAUGGCAAUGUGAAGAUGGGGGAAGAGCAUAUCACAGAGAAAGUUGAAAACUCAACUGAAUUAGAUGGCAAAGGAGCAAUUAUGUGAAGUCAGUGAGGUGCACACAGCAUAGUAAUUUGCAAAUCUACCUGCUCCGUCUGUAUUUCCCAAGCCUCCAGUGUUGUUCUUCCUUGGGGCUCUGUAUUUCAUUUGACAUCCAAACGGGAGGGGGAUAGUAGUCACUAAGUAAAAUAUAGGUUGACAAAAUGUGAAGGGAAAAAAAAAAGUAUUCAGGGUAUCUUAAGGAAAAAAAAUCAGAAAAUUACAGAUUUGGUGUAAAAAUCAUAAAAUCUUGGAAGAAGAGCAUGCCCCAAGGUGAAGAAAAACUAGAAUACUGACCAGCUUUUUCCUGUUCUGUGGUGUUGUCAUUUUAUAGCUUGUUACUGUACAGACCUCUGGCUGUAGGGAGAUCUUUCUUUGGCUGCACCAGAAUAAUGCUACAUCCAGUUCUGUUCACGCUGGGAGGUUUUUUUUUUAUUAUUAUUUUUUUCCCUUGAGGAAAGGUGUCUGUUGUAAUUGCUGUUUCUCCAUCAUUGCCGUGCAGCUCCCUGAUCUUUGGUACUGAUGGGUGGUCCUACGGUGACAGGACAGCCCACCUAAAUGUUCGGCUGAAUGGGAUGCUCGGAGCCCACCGCGUCCCAGUGCUCACAAGCCUUACACCUGCACCAGGGGAUGCGGGGGGAUUCAGGAACUGCUGCUCGUGUGCCCAGAGGUGCCAGCUGCCCGCUGCUCCCCUGGGAACAUCAAGCACAUAUCUAUCGGAGAAUCAAGUCCGACAUUUCAAACACAUUGUCAGCGAAUUUGCCACAAAUAAGUUCUCAAUGCAUGUUCCGUAUCAGAGCUGAAAAUGUUUUCUGUACCUAAUGUUCUCUUUGGGCCACCUUCCUCCUACGAGGCUGGGAGCGAUGUUUGAGAGACAAGGGCAGCCAGGCUGCCGUGCAGAUUUCAGGUACACUCCUUUCAUAAAUACUUUCUGAAGGUGAACCUUAAAAAAUAAUUUUUUUUAGGAAAGGGAAUUCCACUGUAUUACAGGAAAAAUGAUGUAUCCUGGCUAGCCAACUAAUAACCUCAUACUUUAAUCAAGUGGUAACACUUGCUUUUAACCUAAACAAAGCUUUCCCUUGGACACAUACACAUCAGCAGUGAUGAUGCUGAAGCCUUGCUUUUGUAGGCUACAUGGUGGCCUCCCCAGACGCCUGGGGGUCUGCAGGGAGGACACCCAAACCCCUGGGAGCCAAAGAACCGUGCGCCUGUGGUGGUGGGAAACACGGAGGCAGGCUUUGAUGGCUCGGGUUUUUUUCUCAACCAUGGAUUUCCCUCUCCACGCAGCUCUGGCCAGCAGGAGAGAGACAAGGUCUCGGGGCUCUGUGUGCUUUUCAGGGGAUGCGUUUGCACUUUGCAAAGGAUGUUCUUGAAGCCGCCCAGGUGUGGCACCAGUAUCGGCGCUUUGAGAACCUGCAGGAGUUGUUCCCGUUGCUCCCACUCUGUUAACCUGUCCGUUUUCUGUUCCUCAUCUCGUGUCUAGCCCCUCUUGUUGCUUUUAUGAAACCCACUUGCCAGGCUGUUUACGCCCUUUGAGCAUGUUAUGAGCAAAUUAAAAACAAAUUGAAAUCCAGUCAAUAAGAAAUCCCAGCAGAAACAUGCUAGCUAAAUCUGUUGCUGUUUUCUCAGAAAAUGGAGUUUGUGGCAGUGGUUCUCACCGAGUGCCCCAUUUAACCCUUUGCAUGAUCCCAAAUACUUUUGAAUCCCACUUGCUCUGCACUUUAUCCACCAUGACUACAACCCUAGGAGUGAGUGAGCCUUAGCUACUAACAUCAGCACUUCCCUGCUAUUGACACGAGGCUAAUUGCCUAGAGCGGAGAUGAGUCGGAUGUGUUGUACCCGGCACCUGAACCUCGGUAUUCCAGGACUUCAGGAGGCUUUACUUUUUCCUCGCUAUUUGUGAAGAGAUAAGAUCCAACCUUCAGAAAAUUCAGGGUCUCGCCAGUGCAGAGAUUUGGCCAGGGGCUCUCAUUACCAGAUUUCCAGUUUCGUUGCUGAAACGGGGCAGAAAAAAAUAGCUAUUUCUGGCAUGACUUGGCAUCUCCUGAGCUAGGCACAGCUCGGAAAGCCAGAUGAGCUAUUGAAAAGGAGAGAGGGUUUUUAAGCAUUUCUACUUGGGCGUAGUGUAUAAUAACUGUGUAAACAUUAAUAUUGUUUACCUUGCUGUCUUUCCGCAUUUCCCUAAAUUAUGUGUUAGUGCAAGAGGCUUUAGCUGCACUUGGAGAUUUCCCCUGGCAAGAGGAAGCUGAGUAACGUAGGGAAAGGCAUAGAGGUGUGAGUGCAGAUACACUCGUAGCGAUGAUCUCCAGCACUGUAAUGUAGUGUAAUUAGCUGAUGCGAUUUUCGGAUAGCUUCAUCUUUUAUAUUUGUAUGGAGAUCAUGAAAAAUGAAGUAAUUUGUAGUUUCUAGUGUAAAGUAGUAGUAGUGGAGACAAGCACAGAUUUCACACGAGGACUCUGAAAGGGCCCUCUACAAAUGUCUCGGGGAGCCGUGUUUGCACCUUAACAGGGAACAAAUGUGCAUUGUGCCGGGAGGUACUCAAGGCGAAGAAGGAAAGUGUUGGGGACCAAACGUGGGGCAGUUUGUGUGGAUACACGAGAGCUUGCCCAUCGCAAUUCAUCGUCAAGACUCUUUGUUUCCCCUCUGAUGCCUGCUGCAGUUAUUAGCACAUGGGAUCUCUGGCUGUUAGUCUCGGAUCCUCACUUCAACAUCGCCUUCCAUUUUGGUUGAUUUUGGGGUAAAACAUAUUGCGGAGAAAAGUUUGGGCUAUUCUUGUGUCUGCUGCAUAGCAAAAGAAAGCUCACUCCAGAUUAAAAUUCUUUUUGAGCAAAGUAAAAACCAAAAUCAAACAAACAAAACAAAAAAACACAAAAGGUCCUGCAAUGAAUUUUGACUUCUUAAGUUCUAAGUUACAAAAAGAAGGUUGGUUUAAAUGGUUUUAUUCAAAGGAUAUCUCCUGUUUUAAAAAAAAUAUAGAGGUAAUAGAGCAAACUAUCCAAAGGUAUAGGUAGGUAGGUCUGUUGUACUGCGAUAUUCUAGGUUUUGUUUUGUUGUUUAUCAUGGGCCAGUUUUUAAAGUGGAUAUUUGGUGAUCUCAUCUCUGACAGCUAUCUUGAGUUGACUGAAUCCAUCUCACAUUUUAAAUAGAGGGUGGGGGGGGUUGGCCAAGAUUUUCCAGAGCUGUGAAUAGUUCUUGUUUUGGGAAAAGGAUUGCAUGAUUUCUGAAAAUAAGAUGGCUUUUGUUUGUUGUUUUUUUAAGAGCCACAAGUCACUAGUCAUACCUUUGGUAAUCUAGGCCCCUGUGUUUCGUUUCAGGCGACAGCAAUAUGCGGGUGAGUUAACUCCCGUAGUUUACUCUUGUUCCCUGAGUGUCUGGGGGACUUUUGUUUCUGGGCAGAUGAAAGACGAAUGUCUUUGUACAUUUCAGCAGUUUUAGCCUCUUCUUACAUGUCCGCAUCUCUCUCAAAUCUCUGUAGCAUAUUCACGUGGUAGUGGUCAGCUCUGCUGACAUGCAAAGCUUCAGCUUUCUCUUGGCCAUGAACUGCUGGACGUGUGUUUGCUUCCAGUACUAAGAGUUGACUAUUUUGCAGUGCUUCAGAGCUCGUAAUUUUUGUAUUAUGUACAAAGCGUGGAGGGGGGUGGGGGGCUUGUAGAGGUCUAAUGGCAUGCGUUUGGGAUGACCGUGUUGCUUGCUGGCAGUGAAUGCACCAUCAGCUAUUUUGUGCACGCCACGUUUUACGGAGCCAAUCAGUGUUUUGUGUCUGAGAACUUCCCAUUCUUCCGUCUUUCUCACCUCCCUCUGCCUGUGGUUAGGAUAACCAAAUACCAUGAGUGCAACCGCAUGGGGACCUUGGAGCAGUCCCAGCUCCUCUUGGGUAGCUGAAAACACUUUCCUGGUCCUCCCGAAUUGCAAGGUGGAGGGAAUAAAACCCCAACAGCAGACGUGGUAGCACCCAAUCUUUGGUAGGAGUGAGGGAGGGUUUUGGUUCCCCCGUCUGGAAGUGAAGAGGUUGGGUUGAAUCAGUGAUGAAGUGCAGCGAGGGUGGCUUGAGUCCAACGGUAACGCAGUGUCAUAUGGGUGUACCAGCAGGAGUACCUAAAAUUUAGUGCUCUGCAUUUGGCAUGUGUGUGUAUGUAUAUGCAUAUAUGCUCUACAUACUGCUCUUAGCAAUUUGUAAGUGUCCGUGCGCACAUUUACAUGUGACUCAAAACCUGUAGCUAGAGCCCAGUGUUCAGGUAGAUGUUUAGAAAUGGGCAAGUUUCCCAAUUUAACUCAGCCAGCCAUUUUCUGGAGCACAGGAGGUACACACAGGGCGGGGGUGCCGGCUCAGAGGACAGGGAGAGGCAGGAAUAGGAGGUAAGGGCUCACUGUGGCUCUUGAAAGCCAUCAAAUGCUCAGGACUCAUGAGAUAACCUGGCUCAGAGCAAAACCAUAGCUCGUUCAGAUGGCAACACCCAACUUGUGAAGCCCUUUAACUUGCCUACCGGGACUGAAAUAGCCACCUUGCUUCGGGGUGGGAGCUGGUGCUGGAAGGAGAUGCAGAAGUGAAAAGGACAGAAGACGUGCUGCUCGGAGGCCCUUUCUUUUCCGUACAUUUGCUCCAGCCUCAGCUUACCUGCUGAAUUUAAGUGCGGGCCCGGCGGGCUGCCCUCCUGUAGCUUCUUCAAUGGUGUUUUUUGGGUCAUGCGUGGCCAAAUGGGGUCGCUGGAGAAGAGGACAUGCAGUGAGACGUUUCUGAGGAGCACCAAGUGGUCCUUCCCCAGGUGUUUGGGGCCCCAAAAUGUUGCUUUGAGGGAGCCAUGAGCAUCAGCUAAUGCGUGCUAAAGCUUUGUGCGUAGCGAGGGGUCCAGCAAAGCCUGGCCAGCUGUUGCACGUGCCCUUGCUACUCCUGCUCUUGGUUUAGGGUCAUACUGGGGGACAUUGAUAGGGAUAAGGCAGGGUCGGCACGCAGAGGACUGUUUGCUGGAGCUAGGCAAGGUAUUUAUGGUGGAAAACACAGCUGGGUGUGCCAGGGAGGUGCGGGUGCUGUUGAAAACUCCUCUGAGCAUUUUUUUCUUAUGUAUCCACAGAGUUUCAUGUGGAUUCAAGACCUAUUGAAUCCACUGGCAUCAUUUUGCCAGUCCACAGGGAGAAUAAGAUGUUGGUCCUCUAAAAGCACAGCCCUUUUCUCUGGGGAAAUACAAACUUUCCAGGGGUCCACAAUGGGCCCCGUGCAUUUGGUCCAGUUCUCAUGUACUCGUGUAACCUCGUGAGCAUUUUUCACUUGUGCACAGCUCGUACAGAUGGGUGCACACACUGCAGGGCUUUGGGGAGGAGUGUCUUUUAAAACUCGAGGGCUCGUUUUGUGUGUUUCCUUUGCGUUCUCUCACCUUGAUGUCUCUGGCUCAGGAUCACCACAGGCCUAAUUCUGCAGCUACGUUAAACCUCUCGACUUCACCGGGAUUUGAACAUAUCCCCAAAUGCUUUGCCAAACCCGAGGCAAAGCUGUUUGGGAGAGGCAGAAUCGGGCCCGGACGCAUAAAGUGCUGUGUCCCAACCUAGCUGAAGUUGGAGUUUGGUUUCAGUGGGGCCGUGGUUUGGUGUGCAGUCCUAGCCAGCACCUUUGUUUCGGGAACCAGCAUCAUCACCGCUUGGAAAUGGAUGUGUGCUCUGUUUCUUUGUGUUCCUUCUCACCCUGUGACCGACCACAUGGCUAGAUGUCACGUUCACGCAUGUUUAGCCCCCAGGUCUUUCCAUUUUUCUGCUUUGUGAUGUUUGUGUUCCUGGUUAGGAUGGGGAGAAAGGGAGCCCAGGUGAGUAGGGACACCUGAGAACUGUGUUUGGGGUAGAGGCAGAAGAUACCUAGCACAUGGCAGACUUUAUAGCAAGGUUUGUUGGGUUUUUUUUUGUUUGUUUGUUUUGUUUGUUUGUUUUUUCUGUUUCUGUAAAUAGUAAUGUAUAAAUGAUGACAAGACAGUGUGGAAAUUAUUAAAAAAUACGUCUUUUGUUGUUGUUUUUAUAUUACCUCAUUCAGCAAGUUUGUUUUACAAUGACUCGAUGCUUUAUUUAUAUUGUUUGUACUGUAAUUAAAACAAUUGACAAACAUUUCACUUUGCUUGUUGUUUCAUAUGAUUUUGUUUUGAUUAAGUAUGCCAGUCUGUAUUAUGUUUCCCUUUACUCUCUCUUCGCGUUGAGAUUUUUGUGUCAGCUGUACAGUAUUCUGAAUAAAAAUAAAUAAAUAAAAAAGGAAAAAAAGUUGUAAAGUACUGCAGAGGGAGACUGCUAUAUUGUAUAGGUCUCUUUCUAAUAAAGACAAGAAAACUUGUUCGUCACA